GAGAAGCAGAGACUUUCAAGGAACAAGGAAAUGCUUAUUAUGCCAAGAAAGAUUACAAUGAAGCAUACAACUACUACACAAAAGCCAUAGACGCAUGUCCUAACAAUGCCAGUUAUUAUGGUAACAGAGCAGCCACCCUAAUGAUGUUGGGGAAGUUCCGGGAAGCACUGGGAGAUGCCCAACAGUCAGUCCGAUUGGAUGAUACCUUUGUACGGGGACAUCUACGGGAAGGGAAAUGUCACCUCUCUCUCGGGAACGCCAUGGCUGCCAGCCGCUGCUUCCAGCGAGUUCUAGAACUGGAUCACACGAACCCUCAGGCACAACAAGAGUUGAAGAAUGCGAGCGCUGUGCUGGAGUACGAGAGAAUAGCUGAAACUGAUUUUGAGAAACGAGAUUUCAGGAAGGUCGUGUUCUGCAUGGACCGUGCUUUGGAGUUCGCUCCUGCCUGUCAUCGGUUCAAAAUCCUCAAGGCCGAAUGUUUGGCACUGCUGGGUCGCUAUCCAGAAGCACAGUCUGUAGCUAGCGACAUCUUACGGAUGGACUCCACAAACGCAGAUGCCCUUUAUGUCCGAGGUCUUUGCCUUUACUAUGAAGACUGUAUCGAGAAGGCCGUGCAGUUCUUCAUCCAGGCACUCAGGAUGGCCCCUGAUCACGAGAAAGCAUGUCUCGCCUGCCGAAAUGCCAAAGCACUUAAAGCAAAGAAAGAAGAUGGAAAUAAAGCAUUUAAAGAAGGCAAUUACAAACUAGCAUAUGAACUGUACACAGAGGCACUGGGGAUAGACCCAAAUAACAUAAAAACAAAUGCCAAACUCUACUGUAACCGGGGGACGGUUAAUUCAAAGCUUAGGAAACUAGAAGAAGCAAUAGACGACUGCACAAAUGCAAUAAAACUGGAUGACACGUAUAUCAAAGCAUACCUGAGGAGAGCACAAUGUUACAUGGACACAGAACAAUACGAAGAUGCUGUGAGGGAUUAUGAAAAAGUUUACCAGACAGAGAAAACAAAAGAACACAAGCAAUGCCUAAAGAAUGCCCAGGUGGAACUGAAAAAGAGCAAAAGGAAAGACUACUAUAAAAUCCUCGGGGUGAACAAAAACGCCUCCGAAGACGAGAUCAAGAAGGCCUAUAGGAAACGGGCACUCAUGCAUCACCCAGACCGGCACAGUGGGGCGAGCGCAGAAAUACAGAAAGAAGAGGAGAAGAAGUUUAAAGAAGUCGGAGAAGCCUUCACCAUCCUGUCGGAUCCCAAGAAGAAGGCUCGCUACGACAGUGGGCAGGAUCUGGAGGAGGAUGGCAUGAACAUGGCAGAUUUUGAUGCUAACAAUAUCUUCAAGGCUUUCUUUGGUGGGCCAGGUGGCUUCAGUUUUGAAGCUUCUGGGCCGGGAAAUUUCUUUUUCCAGUUUGGCUAAAAUAAAAACAUACAAACCACAUACACCCACCUGAAAUCCUCGUUUUAACCUUGAAUACGGACAUAAUUAGACUCCUGCCUUCAUCAUGUCUCAUUGUACUUAGAGCAGUUUCAUUUUCUCAGUUGGAAACCUCUCUGUGUGCUUUGUGUGAGAAGAGGAAACCAGCGCUGAAGAGAGGGGCGGGGAAGGCUUGUGAAUUUUGUUUUACUGUUAACUUUAUUAAAAAAAAUAAAAUGUUUUGAAUCUUUU